AUGAGUCCCGGCCAGUCCGCGACCUUCCCGUCCACAUCGGGCGAGCAGAUGUUCACCACGGUGGUCCCAGUUGGCGUACAGCCGGGCCAGACGUUCGUUGUUGCGAGCGCGUCGCGCCGCACUGCGCCGAUGCAGCAUGCUAGCUUGGUCGGGCGGCUGGUCUCCGUGCCGGAGACAGAGUGGGUGAGCGUCGAAGCGGGUGGCGACCCAUCCUUCUGCUACGCUGGCGCGGUGGCGGAGCAGCAAACGGGCCACGUUCUAAUCCAGUUUGCGUACACGGGAGAGAAGGAGUGGUUCCCAAACGCCAAAGCCGUGGCGUGGCUUCAGCCAGAUGUCACACCGCUAUGUGACUCUUUUGCGAGGUUGUAG